AUAAUUUUUGAAAGCUGAGUGGGGGUAAGUCCAAUUUAUCCUUCGUUAAUAAACCUUGACCAGGGUUUGACAGACACUGCACACUGAGACAGACAUGGCGGAAGGCGAGCAACUAUGCGAGGCGGCGAGGAACGGCGAAGCCGAAAAGCUGAAAACUUUAAUCGAAACCGGAGCUGACGUUUCGUACUUCGACGGCGACGGCCUUACCCCGCUGAUGCACGCGGCCAAGCUGGGCCACGGAGAUGCCGUCAAGACUCUUCUAGAAGCUGGCGCGCCAUGGAACGCCCUAUCUCCUUCCAAUCUCUCCGCCGGAGAUUUUGCCAUGGACGCAGGCCACGAAAAUGCCUACGACAUCCUCCUCAAUGCCGGGAUUCAAGCUGAAUUGGUACUGGGAACGAUUGCGAGGAAAGAGAAUAAGAAUGGGGAUGGCAAUGGAGAUUACUUGGAAGACAGGGUGAGCUUCAGCGAGGACAAGCUGAUGGACUCAGACAGUAAGGCGGUGAUGAUGGCUUGGGAGAAGCCAUUAAUGGAGGCACACGCGAAAGCUGUUUGCUCAGGAGGUGGGCAUGUACUGAACAUUGGAUUUGGGAUGGGCCUCGUGGACACGGCCAUCCAGCAAUACUCCCCUGUUUCGCACACCAUUGUUGAAGCUCACCCGGAGGUUUACGGGCGCAUGGUUCGAACCGGUUGGGCUCAGAAGGACAAUGUGAACAUAAUAUUUGGGCGCUGGCAGGAUGUGCUACCUCAACUUCAAUCUUAUGAUGGGAUUUUCUUUGACACCUAUGGAGAGUACUAUGAAGACUUGAGAGAGUUCCACCAGCAUCUUCCUGUGUUGUUGAAGCCUGGGGGAAUCUACUCAUUCUUUAAUGGCCUUUGUGGAGGUAAUGCAUUCUUCCAUGUUGUGUACUGUCACUUGGUUUCACUAGAGCUUCAGAAUUUGGGUUACUCUACACAGUUCAUUCCAUUGCCUGUUAAGGAUUGUUUAGGAGAACAAGUUUGGGAAGGUGUUAAACAAAAGUAUUGGCAGCUUGAUACUUAUUACCUCCCUGUUUGUCAGUCCGUAGACGAUUUAGAAUGACAUUUGGGAGUUUGUUUUGUUUUACUUUUUAAACUUAUUGUAACUUCAAGGUAUUUCAUUUUGAUCGAUUUCGUGAUGUUUGCAUUGGAGACUGCUCUAUGAUUUUAUAGUUAUACAAUGUUAUCGUAAGUCUCUCUAA